CCAAACCACACAAACUAGAGAGAAGUGGAGAGAAGACUUUCCAUUAUUUAAGCAGAGCAUGCUUGGUCUUUCUCGAAGCGCGCGUGAUCACAAGGAGUUCUCCAUCGAAAAUCUGUAAGAAUGCUCGCCUCUCCACCCCUGAUCCACUGCUGGGCAGUCGCAAUUCUCGUCUGGAUCGCUGCUGCCGCUGCCAAGGACACGAGCCUCCGCUUCUACAUGCACGACAACAUGACUCCUCCAAACCAGAGCGUCGUCAUGGUCGCGGGGCCUGGAACCGCGGGCUUCGGCACCGUGAGCGUCAUCGAUGAUCCGCUCACUCAGGGGGCCGACGCAUCGUCUCCGGCGAUUGGAAGGGGCCAGGGGACUUGGAUCGUCGCGUCCAUGGACGGGAGGAGCUUGCUCCUCACUUUCAGUGCCGUGUUCCAGACGGGCGACUUCAAGGGGAGCACGCUGAGCUUCCACGGAUCCGACGACACCUCGGAGGCUGUCCGGGAGAUCGCUGUUAUCGGAGGAACCGGCCAGUUUCGCAAUGCUCGGGGCUACGCUACCAUCAAGACCGCGUCCGCCAGUGGUGGUUCAGUCAUCCUGGAGAUCGAUGUCAAGGUAAGUCACUGAUUGGAAAGCUCUAGCACAGAUCUUCGUCAUCAAGAAAACCAUUCACUCUCAUUCUUUGCACUCUAAUUAAUCGAAGUUACCUGUUUUUCCUGGC